AUCAGCAUUGCAUAAUCAAACAGCCGUGACGCUGCGUCUUUUCAUAGAGCUCUAGUUUACCUGAGAGCGAUCUUGCGCAUAGUCGUGUUUUUCGAAAGAGUCACCUGUGAUAUUUUUACUCGACGUAUACAUAAUUUAUCUAUCUUUGUGACAGAAAGUACACCGUUGACAUACUACUGAAACUUGGAAUAAUACUUAAAAAAUAUUAUUGAAUUAAAAAAACAAAACAAAUGUGAAAUAUUGGUGGUACUUUAUGAAUUUCAAUGUUUUUCACCGGAAAACAAUAUCAAGAGGAAAGAGAAGUUUGCGACAUAACAUAACAUAGAAGGAUAUAUAUCUAUAUUCAUUCUUUCAGGAAUUGUUAAUGUGAGUCUGUAUAUUAAUUCUAGAUUGGGAUGUGAUAACCAUACAGCUGGAUAUAGAUUUAUAUUUUCAAAAAAAAAGGAGAAAUCCGAAUUUCUUUUUGAUGUCGGUGAAAACUUUCGAACAGAUGGCUGCAGCACGACUGACAACUCUUGCCUUGUUUUGUAUCUUUGGAUUUAGUUAUGGAAAUGUUUGUGUGACGAAUGGCCCGCUGGGAAUGAUCACGGGGUCUAUCCAGGACUGGCAAAUCACUGCUUCCUCGACGUAUCCUUUGGAAUGGGAUAAAAAGUGUGCAGAAAAAUACGCUCGAGUUUACCUUCCCAAUAAAUAUGGCUGGUGCGCCAAAUACAAGUCGUCUUCCGAAUGGCUGAAAGUCGAUCUUGGAGUAGCAGCUAGGGUAACUGGUGUGAUGACGCAAGGAAGGGGUGACGGUAAAGAAUGGGUGACGUCAUUUAAGGUUUCCUACAGUAUGGACGAUUAUAACGAGCUUUACGUCACGGAUCAAUACGGCAAUCACAGGGUAUUUGAAGGCAAUACAGAUGCGUACUCCGUGAAACACACCUAUCUAGACCGACCAAUCAUCGCUCGCUACAUCAAGUUCCACACAGUCCACUGGCACAGACAUCCGAGCAUGCGUGUCGAAAUUUUAGGAUGUCAAUUAUGCAAAGAAAGCAUUGGUCUGCCACCUUAUGGUCGAAUAACAACUUCAACCAAUGGGAAGAACAAGAGGAAAGAUUCCUGCCAGCCCGAAGAUGGAAACAUUCUAAGCAAGAAGGGAUGGUGUGCCAAGAGGAACAAUGUUAAUCAGUGGUUACAAAUUGACGUGGGACCACCAACUUUAAUCACCGGUGUUCUAACCAAGGGGCGAGGUGACAGCAAAAAGAAACACUGGGUGACCAGAUUUAAGAUCUCCUACAGUAACGAUACCCAGAGGUGGUAUCAGUACAAGGAUGCUCACAGCGUUGACCCCAGGCCUCAGAAUCCAUGGUUAUGGAACCCACUGUUCAAUAGAACCGUUGCGCAAUUAAUACCUGACAUUUAUACAGACGACGGCCUGCUUUUCGGUGGUAAUAGUGACAAAGAAACUGCCCGAGUUCAUUACAUUAACUCGCCCUUUGUGGCGAGGUUCGUUCGAUUCCAUCCCUUGGAGUGGAACGGCAAAAUCAGCAUGCGGGCUGGUCUCCUAGGCUGUCCACAUACAGCUGGAAAUUGCGGCGAGUCAUUCAUGCGAGUCAACGAUGAUACUCCUUGUGUUGAAAACUUGGCUUACAAGAAAGAAGCCUGGAUUAACGGCAAAAAUCCUAAGAAAAGACAUAUUACACAGAAGAUAGUAAGGGGUCAUCCGGACCGAGCAGUAGACGGUAAAAUCGACUUUGACCUCCAUUCCUGUACCAUUCUGGACAAUCUAUACGGAGACACACCGGUUUGGACCGUGGACCUAGGCUCUAAAACCUCAGUGUCCGGUGUAAUAAUAUACACUUGGCAAGGGUCAGGGGACAAGAAGGUCAAAGAGGGUUCAGCAAUGAAGGAUUAUUUGAACAAUCUGGACAGAUUGGUGAUAUACGUAGACAAUAAGUCAAAAGCAGUUGACGCCUCAAGUGUUUCUGGAAAUAUGUGUGGUUAUGUUUCCAAAAUAAAUGGUGCUUUACAUUCACAAAAAAUCCAUGUACAAUGUGUGAGACCUCAGAGAGGCCGCUAUGUUCUGGUGGAAGCGUGGGGAAGCCACAAUAGUUGGAGCAGACUAUUUAGCGCUGUUUUGUGUGAAGUUCUUGUGUAUGCGUGAUAUUUAUGUUUAUCAUCUUUUUACUGUUACAUAUUUAUCACAUUCCUCAUAUCUGAUGUAUAAGAGGAAACAAAACAAAACGGGUAAAAGUGCCAGGCAGUGUUAAUCUUUUCGCCGCAUUUUCGUAUUUCGUGCAUAUUACGUAUGAAUAUUGUGUGAUGUCAUCAAACGCUGCCAAGGAUUCUUUAUUCACAUCCCACGUCGGAUUAUGAUAUUCUAUAAAUAGAUAUCUAGAUCGACAAAUUAUUGACCAGAAUAGUUUGCUGUGAUGUGUUUUCAAAUUGAAGACGACGACUUCAAUAAUUUGUCGUGAAAUCCGUAUUUAGUAUUGUGUAAAACCCAGGAACGCUACACAAGACAAUAAUAUGUCAUGCAGACAUACACUGAAGAGAAACUGAAAGAUAGGACUUUCAUAAAUCACGUGGUACAAUCACGUGACGCCAGAAAACGCAAUGUGAUAUACGUUUUCUGUAUAGGACUUCGUUCGAGAAUGGCCAGUCAUGACGUAUUAGGUGUACGCAAAAAUCGGACUGGACUUGGAACUCCGAUUAUCUUACUACCCUAUGUAUGUGUUGUGUUUGUGUUUUGUUGUCCCAUACACAUAAAGUACAUGGGGCCUAAAUAUUGUUAAACAUGUCAUAUAUCUACAUAAUUAAUAAACAGUUAAUGGAAUCAAAGCAUGAAUCUAUGGAGACAAGAGUGUAAUAAUUAAAUUAUAACUUUGUAAUGAUUAUACGAUUUAUAAUUUGUUAACAGUAUAGGAAAAAGUCUGUGUGAAGUACAUGUAAAGUAUUUAUCAUUUAUCAAAUUUUUAAUUUCAUAGAGCAUUAUUUCAUUGAAGAUGUUAGUAUUUACUCUCCAUGAUUUGAAAUUAUGUGAAACUUGAUAAUCAUCCGUAUCAAAGACUCUACCACAAUAUAAUGUAAUAAAUAUGUACGGUGUUUCAUAAUAGAACUGAAAAUGGGGAGUCCGAGAUAUUAUGUUUUCAAUGUAUGUUCAGGGUAUUGUUCGGCAUAAUAUCCACCAAAGAAAUACACAGAAUAUAGAGAAAACAUCCUAUUUUAGAAAGUGUUAACACAAUAAACUCAAAAUUUUCAUUUUUAGAUUACGAAACAGUGGCUACUUGACUUAAGUUGAAAUAGGUGUGUAGUGCUGUGCUGUUUUAAAAGGAUAAAGGAUUACUUCAAUCCUUAAUUAAAACUUCUUUUUCAAACGCUUCCAACUAGACUCAGUUCCCACCGUUUCGUAUCAGUACAGCAGGCGUUGGGUUGUCGCCCUUUCGAUCACUCUUCUGUAUAAGGAGACUCAAAAUUUCGUAGCAGAAAAGUUGGAUAGAGUUCAAUAUUGCAUUCUGCCUACUAACAUGCAGCAUUUAGGGCGAGAAUACAACUAUUAUAUAUAAAAUCUACUGCCAACAGACAUUUCUGACGAUAUAUUGUAUAUUUUUAUAUGAUAUUAGUAACUAUAUUUGUUAAUAUAAACUAAUAUUUGAUUGAAUGUUGAGUGAAUGUUUAUACCUGAACAGAAAAACUUUAUUCAAUCUAUUUACAUGUAUAUUAAUAUUUUGGGAUGUGAUCAUUAACUUGUAAAAAGGAUACCAAAUUAAUUGUACUUCUAAUGUAUUUAAUUCGUUUACAGGUACUGAACUGUAGUAAGAUUCAAUGUUACUGAAAACACUGUAUUAUUUGUAGGAUUUGGAGAUCGCAAUCUCUAUUACAUUACAGGAACAUUGCAUUUGCCUUUAUGUACUUAAUACUAGUAUUCUGUUGGAAAACUUGUGUAAUUUUUUUCCCUUAAAGCUGUCCUUUUGAAAGUUUUCGACAUCGUUGACCGAUGCAAAAUCAGACAUAUGUUACAUUUCUGGCAAAAAAAGUCUUCAUAAUGUUAUUAUUUUUUUGUUAUCUAAAAUAAAAUGUUAAUAAACCAUAAAAA